GGGUAGCCGCGGCAGAGGAAGGGAUAGCGUUCUGGCUCGGAGCGAGGCGGCCCCGGAGGCCGCACCAUGGACUCGCUCCCCGAGGAGUACGAGCUCAAUGGCGACCUGCGCCCAGAAUCGCCCCGCUCCCCGGACUCCUCGCCAUCCCGCUGGGGCAGGAACCAGCCCAUCAACGUGAACCAUUAUGCUAACAAGAAGAGUGUGGCAGAGAGCAUGCUGGACAUUGCGCUGUUGAUGGCCAAUGCCUCUCAGCUGAAGGCCGUCAUCGACCAGGGCCCCAGCUUCGCCUUCUUUGUCCCACUGGUGGUACUCAUCUCCAUCUCCCUUGUGCUGCAAAUCUGCGUGGGCGUGCUGCUCAUCUUCCUGGUCAGAUAUGACCUCAACAACCCAGCCAAGCACGCCAAACUGGACUUCCUCAACAACCUGGCCACUGGCCUGGUCUUCAUCAUCGUCGUGGUCAAUAUCUUUAUUACUGCCUUUGGUGUCCAGAAGCCUGGAUUGGACAUGGCACCCCAGCAGUAGGGCUCAGAUGGCCUGGAUUGUGUCUGGCCGCAGCCACAGAGACCCCAGAAGCUGCCUCACCGUUGGGGCUCACCUGCCUGCAUGUGGCGGUCCCUGAAAACACCAAAGCCAGGACUGGACUAGAGGACACUUGGGCCAUUGUGAGGCCCGCUCUGUGCUUGGCUGCUCCUCCUCCUGGAGCAGGGACAGCGAGGUCCAGGGAGGCCCAGAGGGCAGAAUUGGAGAUCCCCAAGAAGGGUCACAGCCAGCACAGACACGCAGCAGGCCUGAGGACAGGCAGCGAGCAGCCAGGGCUAGCCUCAGUCUCAAGAUGUUUCCAGAGGGAUGAGGAGAUGCCUUCCUCAGCCAAUGCACCCCUUGGGAGACCCAUGGCCUCUGCCCUUCCUGACCCAGGCCCCACACGUGGCUGUGGGCCCUGUACAUACCUUCCACCCGUAGUGACUGGGUAGGAUCUGGGGCCUGGGCCCCACUUUUCUAAGCACAAUUGACCAAUAAAAUGGAUGAUUCUUCUG